GGUCAUACAAAGCCAGUUCAUUCUGUUUGCUGGGAUCCUUCUGGUGAGUUCCUGGCAUCUGUCAGUGAGGACUCUGUUAGAGUCUGGACGAUGGGAUCAGGGAGUGAAGGGGAUUGUGUUCACGAGCUUAGUUGUAAUGGGAACAAAUUCCAUUCCUGUGUUUUCCAUCCUACAUAUUCUUCAUUGCUGGUCAUUGGCUGUUACCAGGCAAGUCGUUUCUGGUUUUUAGAGUCUCUGGAGCUUUGGAAUAUGAUUGAGAACAAGACAAUGACUCUUUCAGCACAUGACGGACUUAUUGCUGCCUUGUCUGUAUCAACAAUAACGGGCUUGGUUGCUUCAGCUAGUCACGACAAGAUUGUUAAGCUCUGGAAGUAAAAUUGUUGCUUCGGUGUGUCCUGUUAAAGCAGUGCUUUGUCUUCUGAGCCGGUUUUUUUGGGCAGUGUCUUUGCAAUUGUCAUAGUUUGUUUCUAUGUCAAUAGCCAAGUAUUAACGUCUUGUUCUGUAUCUUGUAUCUUUACUUGGUGUUCCAUGUAACCCCAAGACCAAGAAACUAACCCUGUAUCAUUGUUAUUGUCGCCACUGCUGCGAUCGUUGUUCCCAGUAAAGUUUCGGCUCAAUCUUUGGAUUUGUAAUAGUAUCUGUACUCGAUAUUUCGGUUUCAGUUGUGGUAUCUGUGGUAUUUGGUUAGUGAUUCCAUAAAUUUCUCUCUCUCUGGUUUUCUGUUUCUUAUGGAAAACAGUGUUUUACUCUUCAAUGUGAAUGAAUA